AUGUCUGCCAAAGCAAUCUAUGAAUCAUGUGGAAAGCAAAUAAUGAGGAACAAUUUGAAAGUUAAUAAUGGCCUGGAUGUCUCCUUGAAUAGCGCAGUGUACGAUUCAUCAACUUCUUGGGAUAAUUUGCUUCAAAGUAAUCCAUGGCUUAAAACAUCAAAAUUAGUAGUGAAACCAGACCAAUUGAUAAAAAGAAGAGGCAAACUGGGUUUAAUCAAAGUUGAUGUUGAUCAUAAAGAAGUUAAAAAAUGGAUUGAUAGCCACAUGAACAAAGUUGUAAUGGUUGGAGCUGCUACUGGUAAGCUUAAGAGAUUCAUCAUCGAACCAUUUAUACCUCAUAGCCAAAAGGAAGAAUAUUAUUUGUGCAUAUACUCUGCAAGGGAAAAUGAUGUAAUUUUGUUUCACCAUGAAGGAGGUGUAGAUGUUGGUGAUGUGGAUGCUAAGGCCCUAAAAUUGAAAAUCCCAAUAAAUCGUGAUUUGAAAGAUGAAGAUGUCUCAAAUAUUCUUCUUGUCAAUGCACAACCACAAAACAGAAACUCUUUAAUAGAAUUCAUCAGAUGUUUGUACAAACUGUACGUGGAUCUGCACUUCACUUAUUUGGAAAUAAAUCCACUAGUGGUAAAGCAAGAGAAGGUGUACGUGUUGGACCUGGCAGCCAAGUUGGAUCAGUGUGCUGAUUAUCUUUGCAACAGAUUGUGGGGUGAGGUUCAGUUCCCUCCGCCGUUUGGUAGGGAAGCUUACCCUGAGGAAGCUUACAUUGCUGACCUGGAUGCAAAAAGUGGUGCAUCGUUGAAACUGACCAUAUUGAACCCACACGGCAAGAUAUGGUGCAUGGUAGCUGGUGGUGGAGCAUCUGUCAUUUAUGCAGAUACGAUCUGUGAGAUGGGCGGGGCCAAAGAACUUGCUAACUAUGGAGAGUACUCUGGAGCUCCGACUGAGCAGCAGACAUAUGAUUAUGCCAAGACGAUACUCCAGCUCAUGUGCAGGGACCCCAAGCCAGAAAAUCCUGACAAGAUAUUGAUCAUAGGAGGAGGCAUUGCCAACUUCACCAAUGUGGCGUCCACAUUCAAAGGUAUAGUUAGAGCUCUGAGAGACUACCAGAUGAAGUUAAUAGCAUGUAGAGCAUCAAUAUUUGUGAGGAGAGCAGGUCCAAACUACCAGGAAGGUCUUCGAAUCAUGAGGGAAUUAGGCAGCACUCUUGGUGUGCCGAUCCACGUCUUUGGUCCUGAAACUCACAUGACAGCAAUCGUGGGCAUGGCACUGGGGAAAAUUAACAUUUCUGCCCCUGCCAAACUUCAGAAGACUACUGCCAAGUUUCUCCUGCCAACCAAUAAUGCCCAUGAUUCAAAGUCAUCAUCAGGAUCUAUAUCCUCUGCAAAUGAACCAAGCAGCAUAGAAGAUUCCACACCACUGUUCUCAGCGAAGACGAAAGCCAUUGUUUGGGGCAUGCAGAACCGGGCCAUACAGGGAAUGUUGGAUUUUGAUUAUGUGUGUUCAAGGAAGACUCCAUCUGUGGUUGCCAUACUCUAUCCUCUCGUUGGAAACCACAAGCAGAAAUUUUAUUGGGGACACACCGAAAUACUCAUACCAGUGUACAAGAAAGCUGAAGAAGUCGUGAAGAAUCAUCCAGAUGCUGAUAUCCUGGUGAACUUUGCGUCACUCAGAUCAGCUUACGAGAGCACCGUGGAGAUGAUGCAGUUUGAACAAAUUCGUUGCAUUGCCAUCAUUGCUGAAGGAAUUCCAGAAAAUUUGACAAGAAAGUUGAUUGAGAUGGCCAAGGAGAAGAAUGUUCAAAUCAUUGGACCCGCCACUGUUGGAGGCAUCAAGCCGGGCUGUUUCAAGAUUGGAAACACCGGUGGUAUGCUGGAUAACAUUCUCUCAUCCAAACUCUUCAGGAGUGGAAGUGUUGCAUAUGUAUCUCGGUCAGGAGGCAUGUCCAAUGAAUUGAACAAUAUCAUUGCUCUCAACACUGAUGGAGUCUACGAGGGGGUUGCCAUUGGUGGAGAUCGUUACCCGGGUACAACAUUUUUAGACCACGUCCUGAGAUAUGAGGACAACCCUGAUGUUAAGAUGAUUGUCGUCUUAGGAGAGGUUGGUGGGACAGAGGAGUACAGAAUCAUCGACGCCAUAAAAAGUGGCAAGGUCCAAAAACCCAUUGUGGCUUGGUGCAUUGGUACUUGCGCAAGCAUGUUCACAUCUGAGGUGCAGUUUGGACAUGCCGGGUCGUGUGCUACGCUGGAGAAAGAGACAGCAGAAUCAAAGAAUGAAGCUCUCAAGCAGGCGGGCGUGUAUGUACCUUCCUCCUUUGACGACUUGGAUAAGAUCAUCAAGUCAGUGUACGAUGGUCUCGUGAAGUCAGGAGUGCUCGUUCCUGCACCGGAAGUUGUUCCUCCCACAGUUCCCAUGGACUACAACUGGGCACGGGAACUUGGUCUCAUCAGGAAACCUGCUUCUUUUAUGACGAGUAUCUGCGAUGAGAGAGGGCAGGAGUUGCUGUACGCUGGAGUGCCCAUCACUGAAGUUUUUAAGGAGAAUCUGGGAAUCGGAGGUGUUCUGUCCCUUUUGUGGUUUCAGAAAAGAUUACCGAAAUAUGCGCUGAAGUUCAUCGAGAUGUGUUUGAUGGUGACUGCUGAUCAUGGGCCUGCAGUGUCUGGUGCUCACAACACCAUUGUUUGUGCCAGGGCUGGAAAGGAUCUCGUCUCUUCAUUGGCGUCUGGACUCCUUACCAUUGGAGAUAGAUUUGGAGGUGCACUGGAUGGAGCGGCUAAGGAAUUUUCAGAAGGGUUCGAUACAGGUUUGAGUCCAAUGGAGUUUGUCAACCAUAUGAAGAAACAAGGCAAGCUUAUCAUGGGCAUAGGGCAUAGAGUGAAGUCUAUCAACAAUCCUGACAUGAGAGUUGUCAUCUUGAAGAACUUUGUGAAGGAACAUUUCCCGGCAACCCCACUCCUUGAUUAUGCACUGGAAGUUGAAAAGGUCACCACGUCAAAGAAGCCCAACUUGAUUCUAAACGUUGAUGGGCUGAUUGGAGUGGCCAUGGUCGACCUGCUCAGAUCUUCAGGGUGUUUCACAUAUGAGGAAGCCUGUGAAUACAUUGAGAUAGGAGCCCUGAAUGGUCUCUUCGUCUUAGGCAGAAGCAUUGGAUUUAUUGGCCACUUCUUGGAUCAAAAGAGAUUGAAGCAAGGACUGUACCGUCACCCUUGGGAUGACAUAUCUUACAUCAUUCCUGAGAAGUUCACAGGCAACUGA